CUGCGCGAUGUCUUCCAGCGAGAUGAUCCUGCAAACUCUGGGUCCGCUUCGCCGCAGCAGGUUUGCGCCCUCCGGCCCUCCGUAGCCGUUCGGCUGCUGCGCUGUCCCGGCUUCCUUUUCGGCGUUCCCACGCCUACUCGGCCCGGUUCUUUCCUGGACUGUAGCGCCCUCGCUCUCUCCCCACGUCAGGGUCCGGGCUGUGGAGAUGGCGGCUCAGAAGAUAAACGAGGGGCUGGAGCAUAUGGCCAAAGCAGAGAAAUACCUGAAAACUGGUUUUUUAAAAUGGAAGCCAGAUUAUGACAGUGCUGCUUCUGAAUAUGGAAAAGCAGCUGUUGCUUUUAAAAAUGCCAAACAGUUUGAGCAAGCAAAAGAUGCCUGCCUGAGGGAAGCUGUUGCCCAUGAAAAUAAUAGGGCUCUUUUUCAUGCUGCCAAAGCUUAUGAGCAAGCCGGCAUGAUGUUGAAGGAGAUGCAGAAGCUACCAGAGGCUGUUCAGCUCAUUGAGAAGGCCAGCAUGAUGUAUCUAGAAAACGGCACCCCUGACACCGCGGCCAUGGCGUUGGAGCGAGCCGGAAAGCUUAUAGAAAAUAUAAAUCCGGAAAAGGCUGUACAGUUGUAUCAACAGACAGCUAAUGUGUUUGAAAAUGAGGAACGCUUACGACAGGCAGUUGAAUUACUAGGAAAAGCCUCCAGACUGCUAGUACGAGGACGCAGGUUUGAUGAGGCGGCCCUCUCUAUUCAGAAAGAAAAAAAUAUUUAUAAGGAAAUUGAGAAUUAUCCAACUUGUUAUAAGAAAACAAUUGCUCAAGUCUUAGUUCAUCUACACAGAAAUGACUAUGUGGCUGCGGAAAGAUGUGUCCGGGAGAGCUACAGCAUACCAGGGUUCAAUGGCAGUGAAGAUUGUGCUGCACUCGAACAGCUUCUUGAAGGUUACGACCAGCAAGACCAAGAUCAAGUGUCAGAGGUCUGCAACUCGCCGCUUUUCAAGUACAUGGACAAUGACUAUGCUAAGCUGGGCCUGAGUUUGAUGGUUCCAGGAGGGGGAAUCAAGAAGAAAUCGCCUGCAACACCGCAGGCCAAGCCUGAUGGCAUCACCGCUGCAGCUGCUGAUGAAGAGGAAGAUGAGUACUCAGGAGGACUGUGCUAGUAUUUUGCUUGCAGAAAAGAAAAGGAAAAAGGGGAGAAUCCUGACAUGCAAUUUCAUGGACUCAGGACUUGUUUAAGGGCAUCCACGGUUUGUUGCAGUCAUGAUUGUAAAUACUAAUAAAAAGUAAUUUUUAGUUAUCUUUUCCCCCAAAUCACUCAUUGUAUCCACCAUCUGUGAAGUAUUUUGUUUCUUUCCAUGAUAAGAGCUUUCCCAAGACACCAGUAGGAAUUAACAGAAAAUGUACUGUCACCUUUUAAUACAGUUGAUGUUUGCAAGCCAAAUUCCAGAUAAAUUACAUUCUAAACAAAAGAGGCAAUAGGCAGAUAGUCUUCUCUCUUGGGCUCUUGUAAUCUAUUGUUAGAGCAUUUUGUUUUUCAUUUAAUUUAAUAAUUGCUACUAAAAGGUUUACUGGGAAAAAAUUGCUUUAAAAAUUUCUGUUUUGAAAAGAAAAUUUAUCCCUCAUGUUAUUAGAUACAUUUAAAUUAUUAAAUCUUUUCAGAGAUGAGAUUGGGACAGGAAGCUAUUUUGAGCCUCAAAAUAUUAUUUAGCCCCAUAAAAGAUGGACUUAAGCUUUUAUAUGUAGGUUUGCAAAAUUUUGAAGGUAGCAUAUUAAAGUGAUUCUGUAAAUGUCUUCAGUCUUCUCUGAAUAAUGGGUAUUUCUUCCAUCUAAAAAACACAUACAGUGGCUAUCUCCAAACCUACUUGGUUCUUGAGCAAAUGGAAGCUAAUGAAGACCUUUUUUAUGCAUUCAAAGAAAGAGAUGAUGUUUCUGUCAGUCUAGUAUAUAUAUACACAUUUUUCCCUCUAGAAUAUUUUCUGAUUUAUUUUGAGUUACAACUAUGCUAUAACUUUACACGGGAAAUGCCAUAUACUAUAAAAAAAACUUAGCCGAAAGGGAAGAAUUAUUUUUGAAAGACAUAUAUUUAAAACACUGUACUGCCAGUAUAUUAAUCCUUUAAUCCUGUGUGGCUCAGACUCAUUUCAUAAUCUGGUAAUUGGAAAGAACCUACAAACACCAGCAGUGUGCAUUACACAGGCACUUGCUACGCAAAGUAGUUUCCUGUUUGUUCGUGCCCUGUCUCUAUCUCUUUUAGGGUCAGACCUCAUUUGAGUAUAGUAUGCUUAGUUUUGCUAGACUUCCUAGAAACACUAAGGUAGAAUCAGAAGUAAGUAAUUCAUUCUCAGUUCUGUGGGAGAGCUUAGACAGAGUAUCAUUCUCCUCUGGCAAGUGCUUUGAGGGGUGGAUGUUAGUGCACAGUCUUUAUUGUAGAUCUGAUACAAAACACUGGGAAAUUUAGUGUUUUGAUUCCUUAAGUUACUUGGGUAGUUCUGCAGGUAACAGUUCAUUCUCAUUAAUUGUUGUUGAAAUCUCAACACAAUUAAUGAACUGUUAAUACACAUUAACUAUGUGUUAAUACACAUUAACACAUUAAUACUAUGAACAAUCUAAAUAGAACUGUAUUUAGGAGUUUGCAUUUAAAGACAUAUUAAUGUUUCAAAAAUCCUAUCAUUGCUGUUUGUACCCUUUAGAUUCCAUCAGAAACUUCCUGAGUCUUACAUUAAUGUUCACUUGAGCUAAAUAAUACAGAUUUGGCAGCACUGUAAAGAUAUUUUGACUGUUUAUAGACCAUAUUACCCAUUAUAGCCUUGGGGGAAAAUUUUUAAUUUUAUUCUUACAUAUUGAAAACUUAAAGCAAAAGAGUACAGUGUAUUCCGUAACCGUAAUGCAGCUGAGCUUUAAACAACAUAAAAGGCUGUGUACAAGUGCAACCUCCCCCACACCCAGCCUGCAUUUAAGAUUGAAUAUGCAGGAUCUAGGGUAUUUCUUUGAUGUUAGGGUUAUUGUUUGUGGUGUGUAGUAAAGGACAUUUGUUUCACAUUUGUACAUUUUAUUUUUCCACUUAUGUAAGCCUUUUAUCCUGAAAGUAUAUACCAAAGUGGAAAACUUGGUGUUUACAGCAAGAAAAAUUGUUUUCGAGAAUUGUAGUGUCAUCACUUUUACCAAAGUGAAAGUCUGCAUGAAUAUGCCCAGAAUCUAAUAGUCAAUGUUCUUUUAUAUUGUAAGUGAAAUCAGUCUACAAAAUAUAUUUAAUAUAUUGAAUUUAUUUGUACAUAUGCAGAGUAUGGUAUUUGUGUAUGGAAUCUGUGCUAUUCCUAUUUUUUCAGCUCUUUAAUGAGUAUUAAAUGUGUUAUAGAAAUGCAGAUUAUUGCUUCUAUAGGAAGAUAAUUAUGAAAAUAAAACCUGAAACUAUAUAAAU